AUUUGAUUGGGUGUAUAUCAAGGAAGUUAUACGCUGAUAUAGAUACACAGUCAUACAUCAGAGAGUUAGAGAUUUUCUCGGAGUAUGGCGAUUAGGGAAGGGAGGCUGAGCUUUUGAGGUGUAAACCCAGAUGAUCUGACGACGACAGUGGGUGACGCAAUGUCUGCACGGGACGACAAUGUCACUGAUGGCAUACACAAAGAAAUUUUGGAAAUCUUUUUAAACCAGUGUUGCGCAAAUAAAGAGCUAGCUUCCAAACUCAAAUUACACCAGGACCAAAGGGAAACUCGGAAACGUUACUCUGGGUCCGACGAAGGAAUUGACUCUCGUCCCAACUCGGAGAGUGUAGCCAGUGCAGGGCCUGUCCUACUUGUGUCCAGGGCUAUGCGCAUACAAGAUUUGGGCAGGGAGCUCAAGGGGGUCAUAGACGAAGUAGUGGCCGGCGUUCUCAAGUCAUGUGGAGACGAGAGUCUACAAGCAGUUGGUGCUAGAAUGUCGGUCGCAUCAACUGACAGCGGUCAUGCCAGUAACAGAGCGAGUGGAGGUGUAAACCCAGAUGAUCUGACGACAACAUUGGGUGACGCAAUGUCUGCAUGGGACGACAAUGUCGCUGAUGGCAUACACAAAGAAGUUUUGGAAAUCCUUUUAAACCAGUGUUGCGCAAAUAAAGCGUUAGCUUCCAAACUCAAAUUACACCAGGACCAAAGGGAAACUCGGAAACGUUACUCUGGGUCCGACGAAGGAAUUGACUCUCGUCCCAACUCGGAGAGUGUAGCUAGUGCAGGGCCUGUCCUACUUGUGUCCAGGGCUAUGCGCAUACAAGAUUUGGGCAGGGAGCUCCAGGGGGUCAUAGACGAAGUAGUGGCCGGCGUUCUCAAGUCAUGUGGAGACGAGAGUCUACAAGCAGUUGGUGCUAGAAUAUCGGUCGCAUCAACUGACAGCGGUCAUGCCAGUAACAGAGCGAGUGGAGGAGACCUGCACUUAGCUGAAACAACAACGGCGGAACAGGAUCAUGAGCUCCACAAUCCGCCAUUGUCGUUAGUCAGAGACUACGAGCUGGUGGAGAGGAUGUCGGCAGCGGCCCUGAGCAACAGACUGACUCUGAGGGAUGGACACCCACGACAAAGUGUCCCUACGGAGCACACCGAGCAGGAGGAACAGACAGUGCCCAAGAGACAUGAGCAGUGAACAUUUAAUGGCCACCAGAAUCGACGCUGCAUUUAUUAGACUUUUUGUAGGGAGAGGAAAUUCAAAACGCGCUUGUUAUCUACAAACUAAGCUAUCCUUAGAAAUGCGUGUACAUCCAUCUACUAUUGAUAAGCCACAAGACAACCCACAGUAACAUGUAACAUCCUUUUUAUAUACUAGUAUUUCCAUAUAAGAUUUAAAACGGCUCCUUUACAGGUUUAACGUCACUGGGACGUCAAUUAUAUCUGUAUGUCAAUAAUUGUUCAUUCCAAAAUACAAUGUCAGCAUCAUUCCCGAGCCAUCACGCAGCCUAAACAUACUGGGGUCUGGGCCGUGCACAUGCAACAGUGCUGGGUGGCAUAGGGAAAGAUCAGUGCGAACAGGGUAUACGAGCAACAUGCAAAGAUGUCAUAGUGACCGAUUCCGGACAGCCGUCUUCAGGAUGAACAUUUAAUGCCACAGUUAAUUACCAUGUAGCCAUGGUAUGAAUGGCGUACGACUCUAGAAUCACUCAACGGCCAUUACUUAUAUGAUGUUAAUUCCCAUUGUUAAUCACCAUUGUAUUGUAUUUACAUGAACGAGGUGUGCUAUGUCUUUGCUCAUUAAUUACUGUUGUAUAUAUUCAAGACUUUAUCCAUGUCAGCAUCUUCCUUCUACCCACACUGGACUUUUAAAGCCAGUUAACUCACUUGCCUCGGGAAGAUGCCAUGUCAGAUGACCUUAGCCUCAUAUGUGGCAGCUGAAAUAUAAUGUAAGCAAGAGUGCAGUUCUAUACUUUGGAUGCCCAAACAAUAAGGUUCAAACCACUAAUGUAUCAAUUGGCGAUAUGCAUGUUCCACAAACGAAAUCUAUUAAAUAUGCAGGUGUAUAUCUUAGUAUAGAUAAAUCAUCACUUGAACGUACAGAAUCUGCAUGCGAAAAGUUACGUGUACUCAUCAACACUAACCAUAAUAAUGGGUUGUACUUUGGUGGUCUGAAUCCCUUAUCUGCAGCACGUAUCUGGGAGAUGGUAAUCUUAUCAUGUGCUCUCUAUGGAUGCAGCGUUUGUGGUAAACUUCCUCUUAAAGAGUAUAUAAACGUCAAUUACAACGUCAAUUUUGUAAAAAAGUUCAGGGACUACACAGUCGCACUCCCAGUAUUGGUGUAUUGGAUGCUAUCGGCAUCAUGCCACUACAGUAUUACAUAGAUAAAAGAGCACUCUACUUCUUAAGAAAGCUAUGUAAUCAAAGUAUAACUGUGUUUUUAAAGUAAUGGUUCUAGUUCAAUGGGUCAAUUUAUGUGUACAGAUAGUUUUACAUGCAAUGUAUGGAGUAGAAAAUCUCCGAUAUAUAAUAUGCUACAGCUUGUACAGAAGUAUAACCAAAGUGAUACACUUGUUAACUAUGUCAAUAAUUGUCAAUUUAUAAAUAAGAAAGGCUGGUCCAAGGCCGUGAAUGAUGCUAUUAAAUCUCAUCGAGAUGAUGUAUGUUAUGUCCAUCUUUAUUCAAGACUCAGUCUGUCACGAUAUGUUAGAAUAAGAUCAAGUAAUGAUUGUGCUGAUUGUCACAUAUAUAGUGUCUUGUAUUUAUCUACUUGUAUAUAAUAAAUUAUUCUUGUAUA